UGGCCAGCGGCGGGCGGCCGGGGCUCAGAGCAGGGCCCGGCUGGGCGAGUGCACGGCCAUGGCCCCGUGGCUGCAACUCUGCUCUGUCUUCUUCACGGUCAACGCCUGCCUCAAUGGCUCGCAGCUGGCUGUGGCUGCGGGAGGCUCCGGCCGCACGCGGGUCGCCGACACCUGUGGCUGGAGGGGAGUGGGGCCGGCCAGCAGAAACAGUGGGCUGCACAACAUCACCUUCAGAUAUGACAACUGUACCACCUACUUGAACCCAGUGGGGAAGCAUGUGAUUGCCGACGCCCAGAACAUCACCAUCAGCCAGUAUGCUUGCCAUGACCAAGUGGCAGUCACCAUUCUUUGGUCCCCAGGGGCCCUCGGCAUCGAAUUCCUGAAAGGAUUUCGGGUAAUACUGGAGGAGCUGAAGUCGGAGGGAAGACAGUGCCAACAACUGAUUCUAAAGGACCCGAAGCAGCUCAACAGUAGCUUCAAAAGAACUGGAAUGGAAUCUCAACCUUUCCUGAAUAUGAAAUUUGAAACGGAUUACUUUGUAAAGGUUGUACCUUUUCCUUCCAUUAAAAAUGAAAGCAAUUACCACCCUUUCUUCUUCAGAACCCGUGCCUGCGACCUGUUGUUACAGCCGGACAACCUGGCUUGUAAACCCUUCUGGAAGCCUCGGAAUCUGAACAUCACCCAGCACGGUUUGGACAUGCAGGUGUCCUUUGACCAUGCACCACACAACUUUGGCUUCCGUUUCUUCUAUCUUCACUACAAGCUCAAGCAUGAAGGACCUUUCAAGAGAAAGAUGUGUAAGCAGGAGCAAAAUACAGAGACAACCAGCUGCCUCCUUCCAAAUGUUUCUCCAGGGGAUUAUAUAAUUGAGCUGGUGGAUGACACUAAUACAACAAGAAAAGUGGUGCAUUAUGCCUUAAAGCCAGUGCAUUCCCCAUGGGCUGGGCCCAUCAGAGCUGUGGCCAUCACUGUGCCUCUGGUCGUAAUAUCAGCAUUCGCAACGCUCUUCACUGUGAUGUGCCGCAAGAAGCAACAAGAAAAUAUAUAUUCACAUUUAGAUGAAGAGAGCUCUGAGUCCUCUACCUACACCGCAGUGCUCCCCAGAGAGAGGCUCCGGCCGCGGCCCAAGGUCUUUCUUUGCUAUUCCAGUAAAGAUGGCCAGAAUCACAUGAAUGUCGUCCAGUGCUUCGCCUACUUCCUCCAGGACUUCUGCGGCUGUGAGGUGGCUCUGGACCUGUGGGAAGACUUCAACCUCUGUAGAGAAGGGCAGAGAGAGUGGGUCAUCCAGAAGAUCCAGGAGUCCCAGUUCAUCAUUGUGGUUUGUUCCAAAGGCAUGAAGUACUUUGUGGAUAAGAAGAACUACAAACACAAAGGAGGCAGCCGAGGCUCAGGGAAAGGGGAGCUCUUCCUGGUGGCGGUGGCGGCCAUUGCCGAAAAGCUCCGCCAGGCCAAGCAGAGUUCCUCCGCGGCGCUCAGCAAGUUCAUCGCCGUCUACUUUGAUUAUUCCAGUGAGGGAGAUGUCCCUGGCGUCCUGGACCUAAGCACCAAAUACAAACUCAUGGACAAUCUUCCCCAGCUCUGUUCGCACCUGCACUCCCGAGACCACAGCCUCCAGGAGCCGGGGCAGCAGCCGGGACCCGGCAGCAGAAGGAACUACUUCCGGAGCAAGUCAGGCAGGUCCCUGUACGUCGCCAUUUGCAACAUGCACCAGUUUAUCGACGAGGAGCCCGACUGGUUCGAAAAACAGUUCGUUCCCUUCCAUCCUCCCGCACUGCGCUACCGGGAGCCAGUCCUGGAGAAGUUUGACUCCGGCUUGGUUUUAAACGACAUCAUGUGCAAACCGGGGCCCGAGAGUGAUUUCUGCCUAAAGGCCGAGGCGUCUGUCCUUGGGGUGACUGGGCCGGCCGACUUGAACCCAGAGAGUCAGCACACGGGCCUGGACGAAGACGCCGAGGCCCGGCCCACCCCUGGCGGUGGCGCUGCCCUGCAGCCCCUGCUGCACGUGGUGAAAGCCGGCAGCCCCUCGGACAUGCCGCGGGACUCGGGCAUCUACGACUCCUCUGUGCCUUCGUCGGAGCUGUCUCUGCCGCUGAUAGAGGGCCUCUCAACCGACCAGACAGAAACGUCUUCCCUGACCGAGAGCGUGUCCUCCUCUUCAGGCCUGGGUGAGGAGGAGCCUCCUGCCCUUCCUUCUAAGCUUCUUGCCUCUGGGGUGUGCAAAGCAGAACUUGGUUGCCGCAGCUACACUGAUGAACUCCACGCGGUUGCGCCUUUGUAAGGAAAUGAAAGAGUCUAAGCAUUGCCACUUUAGCUGCCACCUCUCUCUGAUUCUGCAGUUCAUCUCUGGUUGCGUGGCCCACUUGGAGCUGAGGUCUCAUGCAAGGAUAUUUGGAGUGGAAAUUCUGGCCAGUAAUUGCUCCCCCUUGCCCCAACCCUCUACAGGCAAAGUCUCCAAUUUUCUAACCGUAUGGAGCUUUGAACGGCAUGUCCUUAAGGUCUGACAACGGUUUUCCAUGUUAGGUCAGUCCUUGGAUCAGAGCUGGUUCCGGGAGACAGGGAGGAAACAUGUAUAGAGGAACAGGGGAAUACCUGCACUGAUCAUUCAGACCUUACUGAGCUCCACAAACUUGGCCUGUUUGCUGUUGGCUACUUUGAUUUGAAAUGCUUUGUGGAAAAAGCACUUUUAAUGUCACUACAGCCACAGAAAUCAAGUGCCAGUCUAUCUGGAACUCGUAGAUGAUGUUCCUGCCCAUUUUUGAUGCAGAACUUAUGACGCCAUGGGUGUUAAAUAAGCUUUGAGUCAAAGAGCAAGAAAGUGACUGAAUAUACAGUCACCUUUUAUAAAAGGAGUCUCUGUGUAUUACUGGGUGGCAGAGCUGCUAAAGUGGGCAGUGCCAGGAUGACCAUCUUGACCAUUCCAUCUGUAAUGGGUUGGUCAACGUGUAGAAGAAGGCGCCGGAAGCUCAGCACAUAGAGUGUCCUCUUGGUCUGAGGAAGCAUCUUCUUGCAUCAUGUGGGGGCCAGAUCUGCCUGCCAUUUCCCUGGGUUACAUUUACUGUGCUGCAUCUCAGAUGUUGCUUUCUGGAAGUUUAUUUUUAAGAAACUAUCCAGCUGGGCUAUAUUCUUGGAAGUUGCAGUUUGUGCUUUGGUUAGCCUUCUGGUCUAAAGCUGUGUCCUGAAUAUUAAGGAUUGGAAUUCACUGAAAUACAGCAGCACGUGGAGGUGGUGGCCAGUUAAUCUGCUGAACUGGUUUUGACUAAUGACAGAUCUCUUUUUAAGAAGGUAGAAAAGAGGGAACUACUAUAAAAGUAAAUGUUCUGUUUUUAUGAAUGACUUCUCUGCAGAAUUCCUAUUUCCAAGGAGAAAACAGCUGUUCAUAUCCUGUGUGUUGAUUAGCGUGUGUGUAAUGAAUGAUGUCUUGAUCUCCCCUGUGGAAACCCUUCUUCUCCCCAUGUCCUGGAGUGGGUGUGAGCAUCUUUCUCCACCUUUUUCAUGGGUGAUGUUAGAUUUUGGCACCCUGUUUUCUUAGUGUUCAGCCUGGGGACAGUAGUUUCCACGCCGUCAUCAGAUAAGUCCAACAUUAAAGGGGAUGCUGAGAAACAUCCUGAGGGGGCCGGGGGAGUGGGGAUAGGGCAGGACUUUGCCUUCCAAGCACAUGCUCGGCAGGUGGUGAAGGGAGGGCUUGCACCCCUGCUGGAAAGAAGUUUGUGUGUAUUUUUGAUGCAAAUAUCAUACUGCCUGUUCUGUAAAGGCAGCUGGCAGCUUCUUGGGAGAAGAACGUGCUUGUCUGUUCUCUGGCAUCAAGUUUCCUGCAGCUGCUCUGAGAGAGAGACAGGGAGCUGCAAGACUGUCUCCUCAUAAAACCAGGCAUCUCAGAGGAGAGACAUUUCAUGUUGUCAGCGUGGAAUCUGGGAUGAGCGCACAGCUCCUGCCCACGCAUGACUGCCCUGCCGUUUCAUCGUAGGCAUAUGGUUUGUGAAGGAGAUUGGUCAGUUCAAACUUAAUAACUUAGGAAAAUUCACUUGAAACAUUAUCAGAGAUUUUUUUUACUGAGGCCAAAAAAUGUUUUGCCCCAGAGGAAUUAUUAGGAGCUGCUUUUGGGGUAGCUGUUCAGCUUUGCUCAUGAAAUGAGCAUCUCUGAGAAAGUGGCACAGAAGCAGCGUGCAAGACCGGGAGGGAAGCACUCACUGGGCUCUAAGGCUGUAGGGCAGAGAGCUUGCUACAGGGACGCACUUGUUAUAAAAAUAAAAGGGAAGAAGGGUCCAAAAAUCAAGUCAUGUUUUAGUUAGAAUUUAGGGUUUGGGUACUUAUUUUGAGAUAUUAAUGUUUCUGAUCUGUAAAAUCAAACUCUAGUAUACCAAGUAAUGGAAUGACCGUGUGAUUGCCUAACACAGAAAAAGUUGAGAAGUCAAACUUCCUGGUUUUGCUUCAUUAGUUUCACUUUUUUCACUCUCCCCAUUAUGCUAGGAAUGGAAGUAGCUGCAGAUUAAGGCAAAACAUAUGUUUUAAACAUAGCUGCAUUUUUUUGACUCAGAUUGUCCCAGACAGUGGAAAUGAUAAGAUAGAAUUCAGAAAAAAGUUUCUGCCAAGUCACAGGUUUUUAGAUAUAGAAGCAAGAAAUAGAAUAUAGGGAUCAUCUCAAUGAAAGGCCUUGAUCCUGAGAGUAAAAGGCUUGUGUGGAUACAUUAGACACUGUCAUCUGAAAAGGAGACCAGGGUAAGUCCAGGGUUCCAGGAAAACCAAGAAGUAGUUAAAAGUAGGGAGCUAGUAGUUCAUCUUAAUUCACCCAUGUCCUACAGAAAAAACUUAGCAUCUGGUGUAGUCAGCCUUGCCGGGAGAGUGAUCAGGGGUAUUUAAAGCCCAGGGACAGGUGUGAUUUUCUCUCAAGAGAUUGGCUACAAGCAACAGAGACCACCUCGAGAGGCCCAUCCCAGCCACACAAGGUGUAGAAGUUCCUCCAGAAGGCUGGAUAUUGGGCCUUUCAGGCACACUGAUCUCCAGAAAGAAUCAGAAGUCAUUCCUGUCCAGGCCCAGGUAUUCAGGUGGUGACCCAGCCAGGUAAUAGUAUUUUUGAGCCAAAAAUGAGAUCAGGCCAUAAAGUCAGGAGACAGAAUUUUUGGUUGACACAUUAGCAAUAAGUAAAGAUAGUCCCAAACCAGAAGUUCAAUAAAAUGUCUUUGGCAGUGAUGAUAUCAUUGGAAUCAAUAUGUAGUAAGUUAUGGAUAUAUAAGUUUCUGUAUGUUUCUUUGUCAAAAUUUAGUCUUACAACUUCAUAGCUACAAGUAUCUCUUUGUUAAUACCAACCAGUAGUCUCAGGUCUCCUGAUUUAAGUGCAAAUAAAUAGGAACACUGUCCGUCUAAAAAUGUGGGGUUGCAUGAUUUUCAGAGCCUUUUUUUCAGAGAUGAGCAUUUUUUCCUUUAAAAGAAGCAAAGUGGGGCAAACAUACUUUAUUCCUGAAGGAGAAUUGACACACCCUCCUCCCAGAAGAAAGAAAACUCUGCAGUCCCCACCAACCUUAACACUAAUUUGGCUUCCCUAAGGAAAAAGAAAUUACUCUUUGUCUUUAUUGGAGAGAGGUGGACAUUGCCAAUAUGAAGGUUACUUAGCAGAUCCUGUGUCUGCAGAAGGAGCCAGUGUAGCAGCCCAGGUGUAAGGAAAACAGCUGUGAUGAUAAAUGGCAAUGACAUGCCUUCUCAGUGUCAGCGAUAGGGAGUGAUGGGGACUGUGGCAAACUGAGGAGCUCCUGUUCCACAUACAGGGGCAAGCUAUUGUGGGCAUGCACUAUUUCCUGUCCCAUUUUUGAAGAGAAGCUGAGAAUCUGGAGUUUUAUAUGAAAAAUGCUGAUUUUUAAAAUAUUGGCAACUAAGUUAAAAAAAUUUUUAAGUGAAUUCAGGCCAACAGUACACAUGGAUGCACUUGACUGGGUCCAUUGGCUACCAGUUUGCUAGAUUUGUAAGAUUUGAAAUGAAAGGCAUCCAUGGUAAUUACAGAUGUCAGGUGCCACCAAAAAAAUGCUAUUGCUAAAUGCAGCCAGUAGCUGGAUCGGCUUCUUUCCCCUCUUUUUCCCCCAAAGAAAUUUGAUGUGAUUCUGAAUGCAUUCGAAAUGUUUUGAUUGCUUCUUUAUAUUUCAUGGUGACUUAAGAGAAAGUCAAGCCAGUUGUUAAUUUCAAAAUCAGAUUUCUGUCAGUUUAAAAAAGACAAUGCUUGGAACAAUUUCAUUUGAACUCCACAACAUAAAGGGCCUUAUUUAUAAUUGUAGCUCUUAGCAUAAUCAUUUUUUUAGAUGGUGUGCAAUUCUAAGCUUAGGCCAAGACAUAAUUAGGAAAGCAGGCAUUUGUAGGGAAUAAGACAAGGAAUCUCCUAGUGUCCACUAGAGCCAGAUAUUUACAUUGCCGUCUGUUUUAAGUGAUCUGUGAAUUGACUCUGUUUUGGAGGUGUGAAACAGUAUACAGAGAAAAGCUUUUCCUGACGUUGCGAUAGCAGGAGUCCAAAUGGGGUGUUGGGUCAUCCUUGCCAUAUCACCUCCUUUCCAGGCUGAGGGUGAAAAUAAACAAAAGGAAGUCUGACUGUAAGCCAAUAGCUUUGAUUCGAUUUCAGAGUUUGUGGGCUAGGAGAAAGUUUAGAUUAUCUAGCAUGUUCUCCCCCUGGUGUCAGACAGGGCUGGGCCUGAAUUAUUCCAGACAUAUGGCUGGAGAUGGGAUUCUGGAUUUUCAGAGAAGGAGAUUCUAUAACCUACCCUGUUGUGAUCAGAUAGUUCUUUGUAUGUCUUAUAGAAAUUCAAACCGGCUUUCUUUUGUUUGGCAUGGAGUGGAGAAAGAACAGCUGGUCGCCUUCCAUGUAUUUGAAAACCACAGUGAAGUCAUCCCCCUGGUGUUUUUAUUUCAGUGAUAAAUAAUUCCACCCACUUAAACCAUUCUUUAUAGCUCUUGUUUUCCAGGGGCUUAAUAAUUUUCACUGCUAUUCUAUUUCUUGGCUUCACACUCAGUUUAGUUGCCCAAAUAGAAUGUUGGUGCCUUAUUCACAUUGGUGCCUUGUGAAGGCCAAGCUCAGGGUGGGGAUUACAGGGAAAUUCUCAUGCCCAGCUCCUCUUACUACUUAAAAAUAUAAUAGCACUUUUAAAAAUGAUAUGUCGCCUAUGUUCAUUUUGAGAAUUUGACUGCCACAUGGUUUUUUUUCUUGGUGAUAGUCCUCUAUCAUGUCUUGUGGGUUUUUCUCCUGAGAUCAAACACUUGGUGCUUAUUCCUGAUGUAUUUAAUGUUACUCCUGAGCUUCAAGAUACUCUUUUAAGACCAGCUCUUACCUUCUGAGUGGCAGCUACUCCUCCCUCCCAAUUUUGGAUUCUAUUUUUACAUAUCUCUAGACAUCACCUUUAUUUCAUGACUCACAAUGUUAUUAAAUGGUGCAGACUUUGGUUUAACCACUAACGAGGUGAUAGCAACAGUUGCUAAGGAUCACCUCCCCAUUGCUGUUUGAGAGCUAAUUUGCAAACACAUUUGAAUCCCCCAGCGAGGACCUCUGGGGAAUUUUGGCCAAUUGUCUUCCCUCCUGCUCCUUGGUUCCUCUUUGAAAUUCAUCUGGGACUCCAGACACCUCCAGGACCUUUUCUGUGCUCUACUCACAAUUGACCAAGCACUGUGUUUUGCACAAUCAGAAUUUUGACAACAGCAAACCAUUCUAACUGUCUAUUUGAUGUUUGUAUCAAAAUUUCAGUCAAGAAGAUUCAAAGGGGCAAUCUUCUGUGUGUACGUGAUGUAGAAAAAAUGAACUGUUCUAAUUGUUAGACAAAAAAUUGCCAUUGGAUUACACUAAUAUGUGCGUGUCUCUUAUUUUAAAAGUUUGGUUUUUUUUCUCUCAAGAAAAAAGCAUGGUGAAUCUGGACAGCAACAAAAGCUUUUGUAAAAACCAAAUGUGUUCAUUUAGAGAGUAACUUUUAUUUUCACUGUUAGUUAAACAAAAAAAAAUUUUUUUUUCACUGCAGAAGCUCCCUGUUACUAUGUCCUAGGGGGGAAAACCUGUGGAAUAUGGUGGAUAUUGAUGUCAUUGUCUCUCUUUCAUCUUUAAAUUUUUCCUUUUUGGGAUUUGGUAGAAUGGUGAGCACUGACAGACUGUAGCAGUGUGCUGUAUUUUUACAUUGAAAAUGUUAAUGACUUAUUUGGUUUGUACAUGCCUGUAAAUAGGUGAUAGUAUAUCACAGCUGACAUUUGCAAAAUGUUUUUGUACCUUAGAAUUUCUGCAUCAAAUAAAAUGUUUUAAGAUUG